CAAUGCACCUCUGUGAGGCACGACAUGGAGCGCGAUACACUACAUUUGGUGAAUGGCUGCGAUAGUUGAACCCGUCUGCGCGCAUGUUGUCAUCGCCAUUGAUAUUUUUCCACCUUUUUGGGACUGCACCUCUUACAGACGGUGAUAUUUGCGAACCUUCGCACUAUCAUCCGCGAGAGGAAAACAGACACAUGGCUUCAAAUGAUUUGACAAAGAAAGAGCGGGGUUGCUUCCAAUGCUCGCGCCGCAGGAUCGUCUGCGAUAAGACCGAGCCAUCAUGUCUGAAGUGUGCGAAGAAGGGUAUCGAUUGCUCUGGGCUCGGUAGGAUUCGAUUUGCUGAAGGUGUGGCCCGUAGAGGUCGUUUCAAGGAUUACAAGGUACCGAAGGCAGGAGGAGAUGAUGGGUGUAAGGAGCUGCCGACAACCACGGAAUUCAAAGCAUUGCGGUGGCCAGGCGAACAAAGAGCUAAGAAGAGGAGAAAGGUCGAUACGAUCGAGGACGUGAUCGGAAAAGAACGUUCAACAGCUCCAUUGGAUGCUCUCUCACAGGCCAACGCGGGACCAGCAUCAUCGCCACCAGGUCUCGCAAGGACGAACGGAGAAGAUGAUGGUGAAGUGGAAGAUAUUGGUCGAGGUCACGAUUCCCUUAUCACUUUGGACACACAGACCUUCGACAUAGCUCCGUGGAUUGCACCCAUCGAUCCGAAACUACGGAUGCUCUUCUCAUACUUCUCGGAAACCGUAGCUCCGGCCAUGGUAGUGCUUGACGACAGUACGAAUGGGUAUCGAUCUUUGGUUCUUCCAAUGGCGCUUGAAGAUGACCUGUUACGUCGUACGGUCGGUGUCGUUGCUGCACAACACCUCGGUCGUCAUAGACCUGAGCUUCAAGACGCAGCCGAGGCCGGACGCGCGGCCGUCAUUUCACGCUUGCGCAGCGACUCUUUACAACAGUCUGCCGACAAAGUGUUCAACAAGUUCACCUGGGCGACCCUGAUCGUGCUUUUGGUUGGCGAGACGGUGACGGGAAGUUCAGAUUACCGGUUCUUCGUCCAAAUGCUUCUCUGCUUGUCUAUGAAUAGUCCUGGUCGAGACCUUGAUCCAACUCUGUCAACUUUCUUGCAGGCACAGACCCAUAUGUUUGAGCUGCUCGGUGUGCCACUACUUGGUGAAGAAAUGGGCGUUCUCACCAUGAUGAAGGCCUCAGAGUCCUUGAUGAGCUUUCUCUCCUAUUCGCAUCUCCCCAAGGAUAGCGAAGAUCGGCGCAUCACUGAUUUGAUACGACAGUGUUUUGUAUCUGCAUGCAACAUCUACACCCGGUGCGCAGCCAGCGCGGAUGCUGCUACAAACUUGGGCAUGACCCACGACUCGAUUCAGGCCCAAUCCAUCGAGCAGCUCAUUGGUGUCAUGUCCCAAAUUGCCCCUAACGCUCGAGGUGCGCACGCCCUGGUCUGGGUAUGCUUCGUUGCUGGAGCAGCCUCGACAGACCAGAGUCAGAGGGACUUCUUUGUACAUCGUAUGGAGCAGGUCUACGCACGUACGCAGUUCCGCAACAUCCCUUCUGCAAUACAAAGUCUGGAAAACAUCUGGUCGCGAGGAAACGGUAAGCGCUGGACGGUUUGUCUUCCACAGCUGUCGAACGUCCUGGUGAUGUGAGGGUGUUCACCUGAACAAUUUGACUG